GUUGUGUCGUUGUAUAGGUGCGUGCUGCGUCACCACCUACCCGUUAGGUUUAUAGAUAAUAAACCAGUGUGAAUCAAACCGCCUUGCGUAUUACUCGUAUGUAACAGUGGCGACGAGCGACGGGCAAAACUACCCUCGGUGUUAAAAUAAAUAUUUUCCAAGGCAAUGUGUGCAGCAGUUACACCAUUUUUUGGGGCCAUCUCCAAUUUUGACCAUCACAGUCAAGAUUGGACGACAUUUAAAACCAGACUGCAGCAAUGGUUCAUUGCAAAUGGACUAGACGAUGAUACGGACAAGGCGGGCGUGAAGCGUCGCGCCAUCUUGAUUAGCACACUCAACGACGACUCGUUCCAGCUGGCUAGCAACCUCGUGCUACCGAAGAAGUUAGAGGAUGUGGCAUAUAAAGAUAUCGUGCAGGUAUUAGAUCAGCAUUUUACACAGAAGCGCUGUGGAUUUGCUGAGAGGCUACAUUUCUACGCGGCGGUACAACAGGCGAGUGAGUCACACGCGCAAUGGGCAGCGCGUCUGCGUGGACUCGCGGCGCACUGCAGUUUCAAGCACUUGGAAGAAGCACUUCUAGACAAAUUCGUCAUGGGCAUGACGGCGGGAGCGGAGCGGGAGAAGCUGUUCUCCAUGGACAUCGGGGAGCUGACGCUGGCGAAGGCCGUGGAGCUGGCGAGCAGCGUGCGCACGGCGCGCGCCGCCGCCGCCUGCGCCGCCCCGGCCGCGGCGACCACCUCAGACCCCUUGUUCAAGAUCGACAAGGGGUCCGAUCUCCGAAACAGUGGCAACCAAAGUGAAAGAUGUAGUGUUUGUGGCCGUAAAAGUCAUAGUGCUAAUACCUGUCGGUUCAGUAAAUUCAAGUGUACUAAAUGUAACCAAAAAGGUCAUCUUCGUAGGAUGUGCAAAACCGUUAAAUAUGUAGGAGCCGAAGAGUUGGCAGAGGGUGACGACGUUCUUACAGAAUAGUUACCAUGAAGGAGUGAUUCGGAAAGACUUUGAUACGAAUGAUGUGGUACUAUAUAAACUUUAUGUUAAUAAAAAUAAAUUUAACUGGUGCAAGGGACUUAUCGUAGAAAAAGUGGGAUUA